AUGCAAAAGUGUAUGGACUAUCUACCUCGAAAGAGCUUCAAUACUUAUGGUGUUGUUCUUCUCACGUUUUUCGGGUUGUUUGCUGUCGCAGUUAUCAGUUUUUCAGGUUAUUUAGCUUUCGGCACACCAUUUCAUUGUUAUGACAAGACCACUUCAAAGACGAAAGAUAUAUCUCUAUCAAAAAUCAUAAACAUAAAAUGUUCCCUCGAGUAUCAAGAGAAAUUCUUCUUUAUUCGGCCUAUGUAUGCUAUGUUUAUCUUAAACUUUGGCAUCGUCUUUGCUUUAAGUAUUAUAUAUGGAUAUCUAGUGAAACAUCGCGUUGAAAAAUUUGAUUAUCGGACCGGAAUUACAACUUCUAAUAAUGACGGCGAUGAAAAUCAAGAGAUGCUGCCUUCGCCAAAUCCCGGCCAGAACCCGCGUGAUGUUCGUGAAUGUUUGGGUUGUUUUUCAACAUUUUUCGUCUAUGUCGUACAUUUGCUCGUCGCUCGUAUAAUUCCAUUGUUAGUAUUUGCUCUAUGGAUAUUUUACCAAGCUCAGUUUCCUAAGAAUUUCCCCUGUCCGUUGGGUCCUGAAAUGCAAGGAAAAGGCACAUCCAAUUUUAAUGUUACCCUCAAUUCACGAAAUAAUUUAACGUUUAUUCACUGUACAAACCCCAUCAGCAAAGAAAGUAAAACCUUGUUCUUUUUCGUUGCAACAGUGGAUGUUUGUUUCGUGACAGUGACCUUUUUGGAACUUGGCUACAUCGCGUGGUUGACCUUCAAUGACAGGAAUUUCAUGACUGACCAAGAAUUUUGUACGGUGUACUUGUUGAGAAAACGAAAAAGAAUUAGAAAAUUGGUGAACAAAGUUCGAGAGAGAUUCAAUCCUGAUGAUGAAGAGGUAUUUCAAUUAAAGGAUGAUUUUGGUGGUACUGAAAUUUCCAUGCGACCUCUUGAAGAUAUAUAUGUCAAUGUCGUCGUUCAAGAAGGAAGAGAACACAAGAACGCUUACCCGAAGGAAUUUAAAAGGCAUGAAAUUUACCAAUCCCAUCUCAAAACUCCAAGCACAGUUACUAAACUUACUAGCACAGCUGAUAUAUUUAAACCCACAAAAGGCAGGAAGAAGCAGCCAUAUCCGCGAACCAUCCUUGUUAUAGGGCGACCAGGAAUUGGUAAGACUAUGUUAACAAGGAAACUUUUACAUCAAUGGAAAAGAAAAGAAGACGAGUUUUGGCAUGAGAAAAUUGUAAUCUUGCUUCAGUUUCGCACAUUUAACAACAAAAUUGUUUCUCUUAGAGAAAUGUUGCGUGAUGGUGAUGGACUGUCAUCGGAUGACUUUGAAACUGAGUAUAAUUUUGUAUUGUGUAACCCAACUAGAACCGUCCUCAUUUUUGAUGGAUUAGACGAACUUACUGUUGACAGCCAGCUUUUACAGACAAAGACAAAGAGCGUUAGUAGCCCAAAUGAAAAGAUGCCUGUGUUUUCAAUUCUUAAAAUGUUGAUCAAAGGUAUAAUGCUACCUGGCGUCAUAGUACUGACCACGUCACGGCCAACGGCACAGCAUGUUUUUCAAAACUUAAAUUUUCAAAGAACAGUUGAGAUUUUGGGCUUUUUUGAAGAACAAAUUAAGGAGUAUGUUUUUAAAUUUUGUAAGAAUGAUAAUGAUACCAGUGAAUUGAUUUGGAAUCAAAUCGAAGGAUCCGCCGAACUGCUAAGCUUGUGUUAUAUACCUGUCAAUAGUUACAUUGUUUGUUUAAGUUUGAAGGAAAGCAUUGAAAACGAUGAAACUGGGGAACAUAAGAAUAUUCCAGAAACUAUAACUGAACUGUACAAAAGAGCUGUAAAAGUCUUAUUAUAUCGACACCAUCCAAUAUAUAAGUUGCAACCAAGGCCGAAUGAUUACCUCAUUACUCCUUUUCCUAAAGAACUGGAAGAUGACUUGAUGAAGCUAAAGAAAGUUGCAAAAAGUGGAAUUAGCGAUGACAGGUUAAUUUUCGAGAGAUCGACGACUGAUGAAUUUGGCGACCUAGCCAAAUGUGGCCUAAUUCACAAGUUACCAGACAAACGGCAGAACGUCUUUUGUUUUCUACAUCUAACACUGCAGGAGUUUCUUGCAGCAUCAAAAGUGGUUGACGAUAUGGACAUUGUUGAGCAAUUUUUGGCCAGUCAUAUUGAUGAUCCCAAGUGGCAUUUGGUGAUACAGUUUAUCGCUGGUUUAGUUGGAGAUGAAAUUAGAGAAGCUAAGAUGGCAGAUGAGGGCGUAACAAGUGAUACAAAUGAAUCCAAGAGGCAAAAAUUCCAUGCUGGUAUUCAGAAAAGGUAUUAUAUUUUCCCGUAUAGUGUAUAUUAGUACAAAUUUGUACAAAAACAGGUUUGGUACCAUCUGUGAGUAGUACAAAAAUAGUUUUGCUACCAUCUCGAUCGAAUCCUUGUUUGAGGAUUUGAGAUGACAUCUCAUAUUUGUAAUUAAAUAAUUUGUUUGAGUUAGUAGACAGAAUAAAAUACGGUAAUGCAAGGCAGCUUAGUAGAUUAUGAAGAGAUCUAGGUAGCUGUGUUCCAGUCCACUACACCGUUUGUGUGCAUGGUGGACUUGGUGCAGAUGGUUUUUGCUACUCAUUAACGUACAACCUCAUUUUAAGGUUGAAAUUGUCAGGCGUUAUUAGAAAAGGUAAAACAGAUCAGUGGGAUAAAAUAACAAACGAUCUGUGCCAGUGUAGGUAGCGACGAUAACAAGACAGCUGAAAAAUACAACUUUGACGGCUUGAGCAAACGCCCUUCCGGCGAUCGCAAAAUAGUUUGCAUUUACCUUUCUUGUGUUUCGUUAGCUGUAUAGAACACUUUUGGCAAUGUAGACGGGUUUAAAUAUUAUUUUUAGGUGCAUGCCUUUUGGCAUUGUUAUAAAUUUAUAAUUAAAAUAAAAGUAUUUCUCAAUGUCAAACACAAGAAAAGCGCUUAGAGAAAUGUCGUGGAAUUUUAAUUGUCACGAAAAAAAUGUCACAGAAUUUGCAUCCGCACUCAUUGCGCAUGCCAUUUCGCACGGCCAAUUCCGCAUUUUAUAUUCCCCGGAAUUAGCGCGGCAAGCUGUAGGGGAAAACUUCCAGAUCGACCGACUCAUUAUUCAGAUCUCGACAAUACAUAGUAUGCGCGAAACACUGGGGCGAAUGAACUCUGGAGAAACAUUGAUGUGUAAAAUAAUAAUGUUCUUGACGUGUUCUUGAAGUAAUCGUGCUUGAAGUUGUUCAAAGCACUAAGAUAAAACGCUCGUAGGCCCCGUUUACAUGAAACCGGAACGAAGUGAAACCGGGACCAUUUCGUUUCGGUCAUAGUAGGCUAUUAUUUAUAAUAGAUGUUUACAUGAGACCGGGACAAAAAUAACUCAAGACAGGUCUCAAGUCAUUCCACCUGCUGGACCGAGUCAGUCGAGCCGACUGACUUCAGAACAGUAAACACAAACAAAUUUCAGUCUUUUCAGACCGGUCUCGGCUGUAACCUUGACACUGGAACAACACAUGCUAACAAAAGCCAUCUAAAAAAGAAAGUUGCCUGGCAAGGGGAAUAAAUUGAAAAUUUUGUGAUUUUCGUGCCGGUCUAGUGCAAACAAGUUGACAAUUUCAGUUUUCAUUCUGUUUGACUUCGUCCCAGUCUCAUGUAAACGGGGCCUAAGUCGUUCUUUAAAUAUGACCAAAUGUUUAGCGAGAUCUAGGAAUGGAUGAAAAUAAUAUUGGUGUUUCAUCAAGUUCAAAUAUUUUGGAUAGCAUGUAGCUAAUGUUCUCUCAAAAAUAUGAUUUUUUUCUCAAAUUAGAUUUGAAGAAUGGGCAUUUUCAUUGCGAACUGGAAGAAACGACAAAAUUGCUUUACUUGGCAUAAAGUGCUUGUAUGAAUUGCAAGAGAUUGAUAUCAUGAAAUCAGUUUCCAGUAAGCUUUUGGCUGAAGGAGAUGGAGGCCUGCGUUUGGAUAACUUAAGUAUUACAUCAAUUGAUUCUACAGCAUUGUUUCAAUUGUUGGGCAAUACCAAUAAUUUAAAAAGACUUGCAUUUAACAAAUGCAAAAUACAGGGCAACUAUAGCUACUCUAAAAUAGAGAAGUUAUUUAACACUCCCGGUAACGCUAUUACCUCCUUUUCAUGGGAUCCAGUUUCAGAAAUCGAAGGUGUUAAAUAUCUUAGUGAUGCUUUAAAAGGUGAACAUUGUAAGCUUACUAAAUUACGUCUCAAAAUCGAAGGUCAUGUGGAUAUGACAAAACAAAGUGUUAAAUAUCUUAGUGAUGCUUUAAAAGCUGAAAAUUGUAAUCUUACUACAUUGAACCUCUAUAAUAGUAAAGUAACAGACCAAGGUGUUGAAUAUCUUAGUGAAGCACUAAAAAGUAAAAACUGUAAACUUACUAAAUUGGAUCUCGAUCGUAAUGAAAUAACAGAUCAAGGAGCUGAAUAUCUUAGUGAAGCUUUAAAAAGUGAAAAUUGUAAACUUACUGAAUUGGAUUUCGGUUAUAAUGAAAUAACAGAUCAAGGAGCUGAAUAUUUUAGUGAAGCAUUAAACAGUGAAAAUUGUAAAUUUAGAAAAUUGAAGCUCGUUGUGAACACAAUCCAAAGAUCCUAA